AGGCCGAUGCAGGCGCUUGCCCUUAAGUGCAAGAAGAAAGUGUAUAACACCGAAAAGGUGAUCGAAGCUGGCAAUAUGGGCAAAACAUUAGAAAUAACCAAGCCGGAACAACAACAGCAGCAGCAGCAGCAUCAAAAUUCCACUAAGGGUGGAGAAAAGGAUCUGGAGAGCACAAUUGUUAAGCGUCGCCAUGCCACAAGCAAUCUGGAGGCGGCCACACAUCUCUUCAAGGGCAGCGUCGGCGCCGGCCUCUUCGCCAUGGGCGACUGCUUUAAAAAUGGCGGUCUCAUUGGCUCCACUUUGAUGCUGCCCAUAAUUGCGAUCAUGUGCGUCCACUGCGAACGACUGCUUAUACGCGGCUCCCUCCUGGCCGUCGCCCAAACGCCGGGCGCCACCUUCUAUGAUUAUCCAGAGACGGUGGAGAAGUGCUUCGAGUACGGACCGCGACCGUUGCGCCGCAUGUCGCGCGCCAUGAAGCUGAUUGUCGAAAUGUUUCUCUGUGUGACGCAAUUCGGUUUCUGUGCCAUCUACUUUGUGUUCAUCACGGAGAAUCUCUACCAGGUGAUGCAACAGAAUGGCAUAGACAUCAGCAUGAGUUUGGUCAUGCUAAUCACUCUGCUGCCCGCAAUGAUUCCAUCGCUGAUGACAAAUCUGAAAUAUAUCUCACCAGUGUCGCUGCUGGCCAAUUGCGCGCUGCUCUUUGGCUUGAUUGCCACGCUAUCGAUCGCCUUCACCAGCGGCCCGAUGCCCCCCGUAAGGGAGCGCAACUAUUUCACUGGCGGCAGCCAGCUGGCUCUAUUCUUUGGCACCGCCCUCUUCUCGUACGAGGGCAUCGCCCUGAUCCUGCCGUUGCGCAAUUCGAUGCGCGAACCGGAAAAGUUCGACAGUCGCUUCGGUGUGCUCAAUGUGACGAUGCUGCUGAUCACAUCGAUCUUCAUCUUCACGGGCUUCGUUAGCUAUGUGCGCUGGGGCGAAGAUGUUGCGGGCAGCAUCACGCUCAAUCUGGAUGUGGAGGAUGUCAUGUCACAGGUGGUCAAAAUGGUGGCCGCCUUGGGCGUCUUCUUCGGCUAUCCCAUACAAUUCUUCGUCAUGAUGAAGAUCCUGUGGCCCCCUGUCAAGCGCAACAAUAGCUGCGCCCAAAAGUAUCCAAUCACCAUGCAGGUGGCGCUACGUUUCAUCAUGAUCAUGAUGACCUUCUGUGUCGCCCUGGUUGUACCCCAAUUGAAUCUAUUUAUAUCUCUAAUCGGUGCUUUAUGCUCAACAUCGUUGGCAUUUGUCAUACCCAUCAUCAUAGACUUUGUCACCCGCACCCAGGUGCCAAAGGGACUGGGCACCUGGAUCUACUUCAAGAAUAUCGCCAUCCUGACCAUUGCCAUAUUGGGCAUUGUCACUGGCACCUAUCAGAGCGUCGUUGAGAUUAUUAGAGAGUUUCAAUAGGUCAACUCGAUGGUUGGCUAAUUGCUUGCCAAGUAUUUUGUAAAUAUGCAGUAAUCGUGUGUUAAUAUCUUAUAAUGUUUAAAUGUCCUCGUUACUUUUAA